AUGUGCUGGCCCUGCGAUGAUAUCGUCGUCGAAGAGCAGCCAAAGAAGAAGAAAAACAAUGGUGAAUAUUAUUGGGAUCCUGUUAUUAAGGGAUGGGUGAAGCUUACUGGUGUUACAAACUACCAACCCCAAACUCGCGACACGACCAAUGGUCCGCAUCUCCACACCUAUAUCCCGCGCUCCGAUGGCACGAUCGUGGUCGGAGGCAUAGCCUACGUCCCUCAGACAUUUGGCUCCAAUGUCACUGCAACAACAGUCCCACCCGUCGUCUACCAACAACCUGGCUACAUCCCCCAACCCCAGCCGGUCUACAACCCAUACGCCCAGCAACCCUACGUCACCCAACAGCAACCAUCUGUUGCCGGCCUUCCGAACUUCAGCAUCAUGCAACCCACGUAUGGCGCGUACGGUCAGACAGGUACUGAAGUCCUCGCUCAACAAAUGGCUUAUGCCCAAGCCUCAAACAUUAACGAAAAGCAAGAAAUGAAGCCCGCUGAUGAUGAUCCUUUCCGCAUGUAUUGGGUCAGAGAGCAUGAUGGCACUUGGACUCAGAGGAACCGCAUGACAAUUGACAGUGGUGACAUUGGAGAUUGCAGAUGGUAUGCCAUGGAAGGACAAUUCUAUGCGGUUCGAUUGGCUACUGGUUAA